UAAAAAAAAAAAAAAAAAAGAAGUAAUAAUAUAUUGUUUAUCUUUGAAAAAUAAAUGGCAAAUAUAUAUUUCAGCACAACAAUAGAAACGGUGAGGGACAGAAUAGAAAUGGCAAACUUUCACAUAGCUAUGUAUCCAUGGUAUGCUGCAGGCCACAUAAUCCCUUAUAUCCAUCUUGCCAACGAGCUUGCAACAAGAGGCCAUAGAAUCUCUUUCCUUCUUCCAAAGAACACUCAAACUCAAUUCCAACAUCUUAUUGAUCUCCAUCAUCAAAACCUCAUAACCUUCCACCCAAUCACCGUUCCACACGUGGACGGUCUCCCUCCGGGGACCGAGUUGGUCUCCGAUAUACCCCUCCCAUUGAACCAUGAGCUUGCCAUUGCCAUGGAUCUCACUCGUGAUCAAGUAAAAAGGGUUUUAAUCUCCGCGAAACCCGAUCUGGUUUUCCACGAUUUUGCUUAUUGGGUUCCCGAGAUUGCCAACGAGCUCCGUAUCAAGUCCGUUUGCUACCAUAUCUUUUCAGCAACGGCAAUGGCUUACGGCUUUGUCCCUGCAAAGUAUGUACCCAGAGACAGACCCAUAACCGAAGAGGAAGUGCGGGUCCCACCCGAUGGCUAUCCUUCAUCUGUUGUUGUGCCACGUGGUCACGAAGCUCGCUCUUUGUUUUCUCUUACCCGACCUUUCGGUGAAGGCAAAAUCUUAUUUUACGAGCGGUUGACGGCAUCCAUGAGAAACUGCGACGCGCUCGCCAUAAGAACAUGUAGAGAGCUCGAAGGCAAGUACUGCGAUUACAUAGAGAGCCAGUACGGGAAGCCAGUGCUGUUAACGGGCUCUGCUUUGCCGGAAUCGGAAAAUACGGUGUUGGAAGAUCGGUGGGCUAAGUGGCUCAGCGGAUUCGAGCCGGGUUCGGUAGUGUUUUGUUCGUUCGGAAGCCAAUAUAUACUCGAGAAGGAACAAUUUCAGGAGCUGGUAUUGGGAAUUGAGCAAUCUGGGCAGCCGUUUUUCAUAGCACUGAAACCGCCGGUGGGUUGCCAAACGGUGGAAGAGGGUUUGCCCGAGCGGUUUGAAGAUAGAGUGAAAGGGACAGGUGUGGUUUAUGGAGGUUGGGUCCAGCAGCCGCAGAUGCUGAGUCAUCCUUCGGUUGGGUGCUUUGUGAACCAUUGUGGGUCCGGGUCCGUGUGGGAGUCUUUGAUGAGUGACAAUCAGAUAGUGUUUCUUCCACGCUUUGGUGACCAGACUUUGUACUCCAAGCUGUUUGCACAAGAACUGAAAGUUGCGGUGAGCGUGGAGAAGGAUGAAAAUGGGUGGUUUCCAAAGGACAGGUUGAGCAAAGCUAUUAAAUCCGUAAUGGACAAAGAUAGUAAGGUGGGUAUCAUGGUGAAGAACAACCAUGCAAAUCUGAAGAAAGUAUUGGGGCAACCAGGUUUUAUGAGUGGGUAUAUUGACAGGUUUGUCCAUAAUCUGCAAGAGCUUGUAAAUCCAAUUAUAUAGUUUCGGUGCUGAAUAGCUAAGACAUAUAUAUAUAUAUAUAUAUAUAUAUAUAUAUAUAUAUAUAUUAUUAGGCUUUAUUGAAGAUAAGUGGGUUUAAUAUUUUGAAAUUUUUGGAUUCGAUGUAGUAUAUUACUGCUUAUCAAAUUCAAACCUUUUAAAUGAAUGAAUCUAUAUAUUUUUAAUUUAAAAAGUUAAA